AUGAGGAAGCAGCUGGAUCCGCGUAUCCCAACCCUCAUUCGCAACAAUGUUGCACUCAACCACCGAUCUUUCUUCGUGAUCGUCGGUGACAAGGGCAAAGAUCAAAUCGUCAACCUCCAUUUCCUUCUCUCCCAGUCUCGAGUGCAGUCCCGUCCUAAUGUCCUCUGGUGCUACAAGAAAGACCUCGGCUUCACUACACAUCGGAAGAAGCGCGAGCAGAAGAUCAAGAAUGAUAUCAAGCGAGGUAUUCGUGACAAGGGCGAAGGCGACCCGUUCGAGCUCUUUGUCAGUCUCACCGACAUCCGAUACUGCUAUUACAAAGAUACUCCCAAGAUUCUCGGUCAGACGUACGGUAUGUUAAUCCUGCAAGACUUUGAGGCGGUGACGCCCAACAUGCUCGCAAGGACGAUCGAGACAGUGGAGGGUGGAGGUGUGGUCAUCUUGCUGCUCAAGACAAUGUCGAGUUUGCGACAGCUCUACUCGCUCGGUAUGGAUGUUCACAGGAGUUACAGGUCGAACGCAUCUGACGACGACCCGGUAGCACGAUUCAACGAGCGUUUCUUGCUGUCCUUGGGCGCCAACCAGGACACACUCUUGCUCGAUGACGAACUCAAUGUCCUUCCGCUCAGCAAGGGUAAGGACAUCAAGCCUCUUCCGGAAACAAGCACAGGCGCUGGCACCGGUGUCGGCUCCACAGUCCGCAAAGGCAAGGAGCGUGUAGAAGCAGAAGAAGAGCUUGCGGAGCUCAAGGAUCAAGUUCGCGAAACAAAGGUCGUCGGCGAAGUCGUUCGACACGCAAAAACGCUCGACCAGGCCAAAGCAGUCCUCACCAUCCUCGACAUCCUCGCAAGUUCGUCCCUCUCCACCACCGUUGCGUUGACAGCAGCGCGUGGACGUGGUAAGUCGGCUGCACUUGGUCUUUGCAUCGCCGCUGCUGUCGUACAUGGAUACAGCAAUAUCUUUGUCACAUCGCCAAGUCCAGAGAACCUCAAAACGCUCUUCGAGUUCGUCUUCAAGGGUCUCGACGCUCUCGGAUACGAGGAGGUUGCCGACUGGGACCUGCAAAGAGGUACUGGUGAAUGGAAGGAUGUUGUCGUUCGAGUCAACAUCUUCCGUGGUCACCGUCAGACGAUUCAGUACAUCCAGCCACAAGACCACCAGGUGCUUGGUCAAGCCGAGCUCCUAGUCAUCGACGAAGCUGCUGCCAUCCCGUUGCCACUUGUCCGCAACCUCAUGGGACCCUAUCUAGUUUUCUUAUCGUCCACCAUCAACGGCUACGAAGGUACAGGACGCAGUCUCUCUCUCAAGCUCAUCCAGCAGCUCCGUGACAACGCUCGAGGUGUUGUCGAUGCUUCCAACGCUGAAGACUCGACUGCUUCUUCCAGCAAGUCGGUCCGCAAAGAAGGCAAGAGUGGUCUCAACACGGGUCGUGUUGCAGGCGCUGCGCUCGCUGCCCGCUCGCUCAAGGAAGUCGAGCUCAAAGAGCCCAUUCGAUACUCGCGUGGCGACAAGAUUGAGUCAUGGCUCCACCAGUUGCUCUGUCUCGAUGCAUCUCUCACACGACUCUCUUCUGCCGCGCUCAAGGCCAAGGGCUGCCCUCACCCCUCCUCAUGCGAUCUAUACAUGGUCAAUCGAGAUGCACUCUUUAGCUACCACCCUGCUUCGGAGGUCUUCCUGCAAAGGAUGAUGGCGCUCUACGUCGCAAGUCACUACAAGAACUCGCCUAACGACUUGCAGCUGAUGAGUGACGCUCCUGGUCACCGCCUCUUCGUCCUUUUGGCACCACUCAAGGGCAACGGAGGUGGCUUGCCGGAACCUCUCUGUGUCGUUCAGGUAGCGCUCGAAGGUAACAUCAGCCGUGGAGCCGUCCUUAACAGCCUGAGCCGUGGUACCCGAGAAGCAGGUGAUCUCAUUCCAUGGCUUGUUGCUCAGCAGUUCCAGGAUGCCGACUUCGCUUCGCUUUCCGGUGCUCGUGUUGUGCGCAUUGCUGUCCACCCUGACUACGCUCGUAUGGGCUACGGUGCUCGCGCAUUGCAGGCACUCGAAGCUUUCUACAGUGGUCAGCUGCUCGACGUCGACAACGUCCGAGACGACCUGGAUGAUGGCGAGACCUUCGCCGCUGUCCGCGACAAGAAGAUCUCAAAGGACGCCAACCUCCUCCAGGGCGACGAGAUCCGUGUUCGAGACGCAGCACGCAUGCCAGCAUUGCUUCAGAGACUCUCGGAGCGUCGACCCGAGCAGCUUGAUUGGUUGGGUGUAUCGUACGGCUUGACACCACAGCUGUUCAAGUUCUGGAAGAAGGCUGGCUAUACACCUCUCUGGGCCCGACAGAUUGCUAACGAUCUCACUGGAGAAUACACCACAGUUCAACUCAAGGCGCUCGACACAUCGACAUCGACCACUGGUUCGGCUUGGCUGGGAUCACUAGCAGCCGACUUCAGAAAGCGCUUCAUCUCGUUGCUUUCGUACAGGUUCCGCGAGUUCUCCACCAUCACUGCACUCACCGUUCUCGAGGCCGCAACACAAGGAGCUCGUCUCGCACAUGCCGAUGAAGACGUCUCCUCCACCUCUUCUACAUCUGCCCCUCUCAGCGCCGCCGAACUACGCACCCUCCUCACAUCCUUCGACAUGAAGCGCCUCGACUCGUACUCGAAUAACAUGGUCGAAAUGUCAGUCGUACUCGAUCUCCUUCCCACCCUCGCAGCUCUUUACUUCAACAACCGCCUCCGUGCAGUCAGAGAAGAUGAAGCUGCAGCAUCCGUCAUCGACGCUCCCGAGGAAGAGGAAGAGCUUCGCCUAUCCGGUCUACAGUCCUCUCUCCUGCUCGCCAUCGGUCUGCAGAGAAAGACACCAGAUGAUAUUAGUGCCGAGUUGCGUUUGCCUUUGCAACAGGCCAUGGCAUUGUUCGUCAAGACAGUGCGUAUGCUAGUCAAGUGUCUGCGAAAAGUCGAGAAGAAGGCUAUUGCUCAGUCUAUGCCUGAGCUUGGGUCGGGUCCCGAUGCUCGUGCGCCAUUGCGCAACAAGGCAAACGGUGCUGGUGCUGAUGAAAGGGAUGAUUGGACUGCGCUUAAGGGCGACCUUCAGUCUGAGCUGAGAGAUGCGGGUAAGGAGUUCUUGGCACACAACAAGCAGGGUCAGGCUCGUGGCGAGCUUGAUUAUGAUGAUGAAGACGACGGCGAUGAGGACGAGGAUGAAGAUGAAGAUGAUGAGGAGGAGGAGGAGGAAGAUGAAGAGGACGACGAGGAUGAGGAGGAUGGUGAAGAGCUUCGAGCAGCCAAGCAGAAGCUCAUCGACUCGAUGGACUUGGGCAAGUAUGCUAUCAAGGACGACGGUGCUGAUGGUGCCAACUGGGGUCAAGCUGAAGCUGAGGUAGCUCUCAUGCUGCGAAAGAACGGCGGUAAAGACUUGAAGGGUUUUAACACCACGAUCUCGGUCAAGGGUGCAAAGCGUGAGGCUGAAGAGGCUGAAGCAAGCCCAAAGAAGGGGUCGGACAAGAAGAAUGGCAAGACCAAGUCGAAGAAGCAGAAGCGCCGUUAG